AUGGUUGACACGGCGGAUCAAGCGCCUAAUGUCUCCACACACGACGGAGGAGAAAAUCUCCUCGAGAUCCGCAUUGAAAAUAUGCACAAGAAGCUAAAGGAGCCACCACGGUUACUCAGCUCAGCCGCUGGAAAGCCAACUUGCUCCAUCUUCAGAGUCCCUCAGAGCAUGAUUGAUUGCAACGGUAAAUGCUAUGAGCCACGAGUUGUCUCCAUAGGACCCUACCACCGAGGCAAAACACAACUUCAAAUGAUGGAAGAACAUAAAUGGCAUUACCUAGAUUCUCUUCUCACUCGAACCAACCAAACAAAGUCCUUAACCCUAGAGGAUUACAUGAAGACCGUGAAGACCGUUGAGGAAGAUGCAAGAGAGUGUUACUCGGAGACAAAUUUACACAUGAAGUCAGAUGAGUUCAACGAGAUGAUGGUUCUUGAUGGUUGUUUUAUUCUUGAGCUGUUUCGCAAAGUUGGUCAACUUGUUCCUUUCCAACCUAACGAUCCAAUCGUGGCAAUGGCUUGGGUGCUUCCUUUCUUCUACAGAGACUUUCUACGUAUUGAGAAUCAAAUCCCUUUCUUCGUUCUUGAAACUUUGUUUCAUCUCACAAGAGGUGAUGAUGAGAAAGAGACCAACGCUUCUUUACCAUCUCUAGCGUUUGCGUUUUUCAACAACACCAUGCAUAGAACACACCAAGAUCUCGCAAGAUUCAAUGACCUAAGAGCUAAGCACCUCCUUGACCUUGUUAGGUCAAGUUUCAUCCCGGAGAGUGAGCUUCACGCACAAUUGGUGACUAAUUCAGACAAGAAGAAGGUACCGUCCAACAUCAUCCAAAGCAUCUCGAAGCUCCGGAGAGCUGGGAUCAAGAUCAAAGAGCUUAAAGACGCAGAGAGUUUCCUCGUUGUGAGAUUCAGACACGGAGCGAUCGAGAUGCCUUGCAUCACCGUCGACGACUUCAUGAGCAGUUUCUUACAAAACUGCGUAGCUUACGAGCAAUGCCACGUGGCGUGUUCAAAGCAUUUCACCACGUACGCUACGUUACUAGACUGUCUGAUGAACACUUACAAAGACGUUGAGUAUCUAUGCGACCAAAACAUAAUAGAGAAUUAUUUUGGAACAGAAGCAGAGGUUGCUAGUUUUGUGAAUUGUCUAGGAAGAGACGUUGCGUUCGACAUGGCGGAGUGUUAUCUCAAUGACUUGUUUAAAGAUGUGAAUGAGUAUUACAAGAGUAGUUGGCACGUGGAAUGGGCUAGUUUCAAGUACACUUAUUUUAGUUCUCCUUGGUCUUUUGUCUCUGCUCUUGCUGCUUUUGUUCUUUUGGUCUUGUCUAUUAUUCAGACUAUCUACACUAUCUUCCAAGCUUAUCAAAGAUAA